CUGUCCAUCCGGAAGGGUAAGAGCAACGCAUAUAAAUCAAGAUUGAACACCAUUGGAAGAAUUUGGUUCUGUUCCACUCUGACGGAAUUAGUGUCUACAGAUUCUUUGAAGAAUUCUGUACGUUUCGUGCUUAUCGAAGCUGAUUCAACAUGGUUCCGAGAUCCGCUAGAGUUAUUCAUUAACGCUACGAUGAUUGACGACGCUGACAUUGUAGUGCCGUCCAAAGGAUACACGCAAAAGGGCGAUGAUUUGGCAUUUAGUCCAAUACUAGUGGAACCUACAAAUACGUCGAUCGCCGUUUUCGACGAAAUUAAUCGACGUCUUCUCGGAAAUGAUUCAUUGUACGAUCAGGACGUGCUUAAUGAAUUGUGCUCAGUGCAGUACCACGGCGUUGUCUGUCGACGCUUCGAAUACAGUGAAAUCGCUGACGGGAAAUGGUUCCACCUUAAUGAUCGGGUGAAGAACAACAUGAGACCAUUCAUAGUUAACAAUAAUUUCUACGUUGGACUUAAAAAUAAGGAAACACGACAGGUUUACCUGUAUCCGAACCAACACCUUCUGUUAUCCUAUCGUUGA